GCGGCCGCCCGGCCGCCCUCACUCCGCGCUCCGCGCCGGGCGAUGCCGUGCGAGCAGCCCGACAGCGGGGCCGCCCCGGCGCGGUACGUGCUGGGGGUGGACGUGGGCAGCACGGCGGUCAAGUGCCACGUCUACGACCGGGCGGCCGCCAUCAGGGGCUCCAGCUACAGGAAGGUAGAAUCACUUUAUCCUCGUCCUGGAUGGGUUGAAUUAGAUCCUGAAGUGCUAUGGAGUCAAUUUACUGGUGUAAUAAAAGAGGCUGUACAAGCUGCAGGACUUCACAUGAGGCAAAUUUCUGGGCUUGGCAUCUCCACCCAGAGAGGAACUUUCAUUACAUGGCACAAGAGGACAGGGAAACCCUUUCAUAAUUUCAUAAGUUGGCAAGACUUAAGAAGUGCUGAACUUGUGAAUUCCUGGAAUAAUUCCCUUCUGCUGAAGGUAAUCCAUGCUAUUUUUACUGUGCUUCAUUUCUUCACUGGGAACGAUCGAUACUUGGCACCCAGUUUUCUUACUUUUUCAACACAUCAAACUUCUAUGAAGUUGUCAUGGGUUUUUAAAAAUAUACAUGAGGCUGAAGAAGCUGCCAAGAAAAACAGCUGCUGCUUCGGAACGGUUGACACAUGGUUACUGUAUAGAUUGACUAAAGGUUCUGUGUAUGCUACAGAUUACUCAAAUGCCAGUUCUACAGGCAUUUUUGAACCCUUUACGAAAUGUUGGAAUCCCACUUUGUCUAAUCUACUUUCUAUUCCAAUGUCUGUUUAUCCACCAGUGAAAGACACAAGCUUCAACUUUGGAUCAACUGACUCUGAAAUAUUUGGGAUACCUAUUCCAAUAAUGGCAGUGGUAGCUGAUCAGCAGUCAGCUACAUUUGGAGAAUGCUGCUUUCACCCAGGAGAUGUUAAGCUGACAAUGGGAACAGGUGGUUUCUGGAAUGUGAAUACUGGAGAGCAGCUCUUUGCAUCACGGGGAAGUCUUUAUCCACUGAUCGGUUGGAAGAUUGGGGAAGAAGUUGUUUACUUAACUGAAGGCUCUAUAUCGGACAUUGGCACUGCCAUAAAAUGGGCUCAGGAUAUAGAACUUUUCACCAAUGUAGAUGAAACGGCAGAAAUGGCACAGAGUAUUGCUGAUUCUCAAGGUGUUUGUUUCAUUCCAGGUGUUCAGGUUUCUGGGGAUGACCCAUAUUUAUGUGCCUCUUUCAUGGGCCUGAAACCUUCCACUAACAGAAACCAUCUUGUUCGAGCUAUAUUGGAAUCUCUAGCUUUCAGAAACAAACUGCUUUACGAUAUCAUUGAGAAGAAGGUGCACAUUCCUCUUCAAACUAUUCGAGCUGAUGGAGGUGUCAGUAAUAAUAGUUUUGUCAUGCAGAUGACAUCAGAUUUAAUUAAUAAGAAAAUAGAAAAACCUGCAAAUGUGGACAUGUCUAGUCUUGGUGCAGCUUUUCUAGCAGGCCUUGCUUCAGGAUUUUGGACUGACAAAGAACAACUAAAGAAGCUAAGGCGAGUAGAAGCAGUGUUUGAGCCCCAAAAGGAUUCAGAGGAAUACAAACCUGCUAUGGAUGCGUGGCUGCAAGCAAUGAAACACUCACCACACUGGUAGAAAUUGGAAUUUUAAUUUUUAGAAGAAUUAAAACGGUUUAAUUCAUAUUUUUUAAAAUCUUGACAUUAACAGGACAGUAAAAAAACAAUAACUGGAAUUUGUGAUGGUGUAUUUUAAGUUGUGUGAUAUUUCAGUUACCCCCCUGCUGCUGGAUUACUUACCAUACUGUAAUGAACCUUCCCAUCAUCCCUGUGGCAGCUGUGAUCCAGCUGCAGCAUUUGUGUCCCUUCAGUGACCUCCUUUGGGUGGCCCAGCUGCUCAAAUCCUGCCAUGUACUGCACAUGGGCUGUUUUAACUGUGAUGGGUUUUCUACUGAGCAACUCGCCUCCCUUCAGAUCUUUAAAAUCUUGGGUAUGUUAAUCAUCAAGGAAGGGUGAAAGGCACAUUUAUUCCCCUAGGCAUUGCUAAGAAACAAAAUGAUUGUUGGGGCUGGGUUGUGAGGAAUUCAGUUGUGUACAAAGACGUUGUUUUGGUACUAGCCUGUUACCACCUUUUGGUUGACACUAGGCGCUGUGAUCACAUUAUUUGUGCACUAGAGCAAAAUGAAAUACAAAAGCAAAUAUGCUUUCAACACUCCAUUUAAAAAAGUCAGGAUUUUUGUAGCUGAUACUUUGUAGCUAGCUUGUAGCUCCAUUUUUAAAAAUUUUAUAGACCAAAAGCAAUCUUACCUGGUGUGGCCAGCACAGAUACGUUGUAACUAGUUCCAGGUAUGCUAUCUAACUUGUAAAAAUCUGUACUGUUAGUAUCUUCAAGGCCAUUUUUAAAUAUCAUUAUUAUUAGCUAAAAGGGAGUAAAAAAUCUAUUUUUGAAGCUAUAAAUUACUUUUGUAUUUUUUAAACAAAUAAAUUAAUUAAGGAAAUGUGUAGUUAAUUAUUCUUAUAUAUUUGCUUAUUUCUAAAAUUACUGUAAUUUUCUCAGGAUUAUGUGUAAAUCAGCUUCCAAAAUGUAAAAUGAUUAAACAUUUUAAUUUCAGAAUAAUAUCAAGUUCAAGCUGUGGGUGAUUUUUAUUCCACAGACACUGGAGAUAAGAAAUGUUUAUGGAUUUAACAUCAUUAAAAGAGGGGGGAAAAACUUCAUUUUCUUGUGCUGAUACACAGAAAGUCAAAUCAUACACCAUUUCCUCAGUUUCCUUCAAUCAUGUACCCUGAGCUGGAGCAUCUCCUCUAGCUGAGUUUAAAUCCCAUCUCAUUUACUUGUCAGCCCUAGCUUAAUGUGCCAUUUUUCUUGUUCUUCUGCUACAUUCUGCCUUUCAACCUGUGCUACAUCUUGGCAAUUGUCUUUUCUCUGGGUAUCUUUCCAAUUCUCCUUAACCUUCAAUGUGAACCCUUAAAAGAAGAAGUGUGUCUGUUGAUUUCUAGUAAUAUGCCAGGCUGUAGUGCCAAGGCUCGAGUAUAAAGUCCCUUGAUGAGAUUCCCUCCACUGCUCCUCCUGCUGUAAGGUAAGAUUCUGCAGUUACAGGAUAUGUGAAACAAUUCCUUUGCUUUAACACCUGUAUUCAGCUUGGGAUUUUCCUCUGUCAUCAAAAAGUCACUGCUAAGGAAAAUGCUCAUUAGCAAGAAGGUUCUCUGUCCAAGGCCAAGCAGAAAGGCUUUAAGUCUGUCACUGUGGGCAGAAGUUUGUGCCUCAGUGGCUGGUAUUCUACACUUUGUUCUCACUGAGGGAGUUUAAUUUCAUCAACAUUUGCCUGGGUAUAAUGUCCACCCAUUGCCCUUUUGGGGAGUUGAGGGCUCCUUGACUUAGGUUCCCUUGAUACCCUGGAGGUUUUGCUGGGCUGAGCCGGCAGUGUUGCACUGCUCCCAGACACAGCUCUCUGAACCUGAUUCUGUUCACAUCACUCUGCUGAAGGCAGCUCUGCACCAUGUGCCUGAUACUGCACCUUUAUGUGGUGGUUUCACCCUGGCAAUGGCACAGCUAUAGAGAGAGAAGAUAGCCAAGACAUUAUUUAGUCCUCUUGCUGCAGGUGGUGUCCUAGGGGAUACACUCUGGAUAACCAUAUUACCACUGUCACUGUUUAAUUUGAAACAGGAAUUUAAGCUGUUUUCCUUUCACUGGCCUCAAGUCUACAGGAGAGAAAUUUCACUGCAAAUUAAGGAUGCAAAAAGGCCUUUGUGUAUUUACCAGCUGAACCUUUCAAAUGGCCUGCAGAGUUAUGAGUUCUCUUGUGGAGAGUUUCAAAGUAGGCAGUAAGGGUCUGAAACAAAAGGGUGUCUGAAAGUCUUCCAGGAUGGAGCAACCUUUGGAGAUCAGAGCAUUUGCCACAGUUUCUCACAUGAAUUUGCCCAAAGACUAAGCAGACUAACUGAAGUUUUGAAGAAGCUUGGUCACUGAUCAAAGCUUCUUUUGCUUAUCUUUUACAAGAAAAUUGACUUUAUCUUCCCAGGAAAUAUUUAAUGUGAUGAUAUCUAAAAGUGGUACCUCUUAAUUGAUAAUGGAUUUGAAAUAAGCUUUAGAUACUUUCUUACAGGUGCUGUGCUGUCUCAAUUUUUGCUACACAGAAGGGCAUUAAAACCAUUUUAGAACCUCAUUCAUAAUAACUUUAAAAGCUGUAAUUUAAAAUAUGACAGCUUUUACUGCUUUUUUUACUUGUAUUUAAAUUUUUGUCUCAAAGUUUGGAAAGUAUAUGCAAUUUUACAUUUUCUGCCAGCUGAGUUUGAUAGUAAUGGUAAAAAUACAAAAUUACAAAUACUUAGUUUGUAGUCUUGUCAUUUUAAGUUAAUCAGUUGAGAUUUAAUGUUUUACUUGGGAUUGGACAGUAAUGCAGCUCAUGUGAAGACUGGCAGUUCACUUGAGAUGUGUUAAUGAUCUCUGGGCAUUCUGCCUUCACAGAUCACACAGUGCUGAUAGUAGAUAAUGUCAUAUCAGUUUGGCAGUUGUAUCAUUCAUAACAUAAAGUCCUAUUAAAUAUGUGGGGACUAUGUGGCAUGAAAAAUGAUGCCUCAUAAUAAUCUCUCUAUUGUUGGAGGAAUCUUGCUACUACUGGAUUAAUUGUUGUAUAUCAAGAGAAAGGGCAGAUGAACUUCAGCAUCAGAUAGUUGAAAAUACUGAGCAGCUGUAUAAAUUUUGUUACAUAGCUAAAAAAAAAAUCAAGUCAGCUAUGUUUAAAAUCUUACUGUAAUGAACUUGACCAAGAUUUUUGAGUACUGUUUUCUUUUAAGCAGUAUUUUCUGCUCUUACUCUAACUUUUAUAAAAUUAAUGUAGAUGCUCUCAUUUGUUUCUAACAAGAGGAUUUAGACUUGCUUUCCUGCCAGGAGAAAGUAGAAAAAGCAAAACACUGAAUUGCUGAAAGCCUUCUACCUUCUACUGGCAUAAUCUCUGUAGCAAGACCCUUCAACUAGUCCCACUAUUUCCAGGACCAGGGCACAGCACAAGAGGCUCACCAGUUGAAGAAAAGCCUUGUGGAACGAGGUAAGAAGCAUUUCCUGCCAGCCAGUGUGGUUGUGUUACUGGUCAGAGCCAAAGAAUAUGAAGGUGUGAGCCCCCCUUGAAAGAAAGAGGUGUGACAGUCCUGUAGGUGAGUCGCAGUGCUCUGACACAGAAGUUGGACAGGGCUUUUUAGUUUAAUGCUUUAUGGGGAGUCAGGGCAGGUUCAGCAGGAGAAAAGGGGUGGUGGAGGGGGAGCCUUCUUUUGGGUUAAUGUUUCUGCAGAUUAUCACAGUGGGGGCUGUGGGCUGGCAGGAAAGUGGUAAAACUAGCAAAUAUUGAAAAGUGAUGUAUUGUGAAAGGGGAAAAAGGGGGUUCUAGGAGGGAUCUGACUGGCCGGGGGAGCAAGCUGGUGUUCUAAGGCUGAGACACCAGCCUGGCUCUGGAGGGAGACAAAAGAGUUUCCUGCAGGGCAGGUGUAGCUGCUCAACUCACCUCUUAGCAUGUCUAAAAAACACAAUUCUAAGUUUUUUUCAAUGCAGCCUUCAUUCUGGGGUAAACUUCGAGAUUUGUGAAAGUUCUGAAAGAUUGUAUAUUGAUUUAGAAUGUUACAUCAGUAGUGUACUUACACUCAUGCAAAUUGGUCAUUGUUUCACCACAUUCAAACUCAAUAGUGUGUGUGUAUAUAUAUAUAUGUGUAUAUAUGUGUAUAUAUAGUUCGUCUGCAAUUUGCUGUUGAAAGCAAAUGCAAAUUACAGCAGUGACCUUCCUUCUGUUUCUCUCCUUGGGGGUUAAAAUGGCUAUUUUUCAUGUUCAUAAUCAGUUCCAGUAUCUGACUUCAGCUCAUCAGUAUUUCUUGCUAAGAAGUAAAUAAACCAAUGAACCAAAAAGA